UUCUCUGUUUUGGAAGUAAAUAAAGCGCCGCACCAACCAUCCCGGGCGGGCGGCCUCGACUCCUUCUUGUUCCGUGCAGUUUUUAUAGACUACUUCCAUUAACGAGAAUCCUUCCUCCAUCGGCGUCUCCUUCUCCUUGUGCUUCUUGUUCUUGGUGAGACUCUUGGAAAAGGGAUGGUGGAUUCGUUCGACGAAGAGUGCGAUUACUUGUUCAAGGCCGUCUUGACCGGGGACUCUGCCGUCGGGAAAUCGAAUCUCCUAUCGAGGUUCGCGAGGAAGGAGUUCCAGUUGGAUUCGAAACCCACGAUAGGCGUCGAAUUCGCAUACAGGAACGUCAAGGUCGCCGACAAGCUCAUCAAAGCCCAAAUAUGGGACACUGCAGGGCAAGAAAGAUUUCGAGCCAUCACCAGUUCAUACUAUCGCGGAGCACUGGGGGCGCUGCUGGUUUACGACAUCACUCGGCGAGUGACGUUCGAGAACGUGAAGAAAUGGCUGCGCGAGCUCAGAGACUUUGGGAAUCCCGACAUGGUGGUGGUCCUGGUCGGGAAUAAGUCCGAUCUGAGCAACUCUAGAGAAGUGGACCUGGAAGAAGGGAAGGACUUUGCGGAGGCAGAGAAUCUGUGCUUCAUGGAAACUUCUGCUCUGGAGAAUCUAAAUGUCGAGGAAGCAUUCUUGGAGAUGAUCACCAGAAUCCAUGAGAUCACAAGCCAGAAGAGCUUAGAAGCCAAGAACAAUGAAAUAACCAGUAGCCUUCACGGUCCUAAGCAGGUCAUUCAGAUUGAUGAGGUCACUGCUACUAAAAAGCCAUACUGUUGCUCAAGUUAAUCCCAACCGUUGGGGGAUUUUUUGACGAGUCAGUACCAAAUUUAUAGUUGCCUACUGACCACAUCUUGAUUUUUUUCCCCUGAAUUCAAGUCCAAUCAGCUUCCUCUUUGCGACUUAUUGUUCCUCUGUUUUUAACCUUCCCUUCAAUUUUUAUGCCCUGAUUCAGAUGAGAAGAGACUGAAAUGUUGUCCUGUAAA